AUGACAUCGCGGCCAUUCAUCGAGCUGCCUCCGGGCAAGGACGUGGUGAGCGUUAAACUGAUCAAUCCUGUCAAUUUCGGCCCAGCUAUUAUCAACCGGUUCAUGGGCCCUCCUGUGCCUGGAGUCGAGAAAAAGAAACCUGGGCCAGUCUUGACAUUCCUGGUGGAACAUUCUUCCGGCCAGAAGCUUGUGUUUGAUCUUGGGAUCCGGAAGGAUUAUCAAAAUUAUGCUCCGACAGUGGCGGAAUAUAUUCCCACGACGAAUUAUGACAUCCAAGUGACAAAGAAUGUGGUCGAUAUCCUGGAAGAGAACGGCAUUCCCGGGACAAGCAUUGACGCGGUGAUUUGGAGUCACUGGCAUUGGGAUCAUAUAGGAGACCCUUCAAGCUUCCCCAGCAGUACUGAUUUGAUCGUGGGACAGGGAUUCUCCGAUGCCAUGUUGCCUGGUUAUCCCGCCAAUCCCAAGUCCCCGAUCCGCGAGAGCGACUAUGCGGGCCGAAAACUGCGCGAGAUUCGAUUCGAUGGGCCUGAGGCCCUACUCAUUGGGAAAUUCCCUGCAGUGGAUUAUUUUGGCGAUGGGUCAUUCUAUUUAUUAGAUAGCCCUGGUCAUGCAGUCGGGCAUCUAUGCGGUCUCGCACGAACGACCGUUGAUCCUCCUACUUUUGUUAUGAUGGGAGGAGACAUCUGCCAUUAUGCGGGUAUCUUCCGUCCCUCGAAGUAUCUCCCUGUGCCCGCAUCGAUUUCUCCACAUCCGUAUAACGUACAAAGUGAGGUACCUUUCUGUCCUGGAAGUGUGUUUGAUGACUUGCAGCACAGCAGAGAGAGAAAACCUACAGAUACGAUGUACGAGAUGUGCUUCGGUCAUGAUAUUCCCCUGGCACAGAAGACUCGUGAUAAUUUGCAAGAACUGGACUGCGACGAGAACAUAUUUGUCAUCAUUGCACACGAUGCAACAGUGAGGGACGCGGUGGAUCACUUCCCAGCGACUCUCAAUGACUGGAAGGAGAAGGGAUGGGCUCAGAAUGUAAAGUGGACUUGGUUCCGGGAUCUCGAACCAUUUUGGAAGUCGAAAGGCUUGUAG